AAUUGGUUUAGUAAAAGUUUAAUAUUAAUCUUGUAAUCUUUAACUUAUUUCUAAAAAUGAUUUUUUUUUUCCCCAGGGCGGAACUAUAUGUACGUAAAAUAAACUCCCCGGAACUUAGCGGUGUAACACACUGUUGUGAUGAAACCGCGGCGCUUCGUCUGCUCAUCUCCGGGUUGAUUUAUUGAAAGCUUUUAUAUCCCAGCUGGAUAGAUUUCUCCUCUGCGGUAAAGAUGUCUUCUGUUCUCUAUCUGAAGGAUUUCAUCAGCAAGCGCCUGACGGCCGCGGCGGAGGAGAUUUUCUUGGAGUUUGAGAAAACCAUCGUUCAGUACGAAGAGCAGCUGGACCGGCAGCGCAGACUGCUGGACGUCGGCUGGAAGCCGCCUGCGCAGCUGCAAGCCGCAGGCUUUGUGGAACAAAUCUCCCCAAAGAAGGAGGUCUUCCUCACCGACGACCAAGUGAAGAAGAUCUCGAGCAUAAAGCAGGAACAGGGGGACGUGUACCGGGGUCAGGCAGGGGGUCAGGCUCCACUGAAGCAGGAGGCUGAUGUCUCUCUGGUGAUGGUCUCCCACAAUGAAACAGAGUGGAACAGUCAGCAGCUCCUGGCUCACGGCUCCCCCCUCCCUCAGAGUCAGGAGUUUAGUGAAAACCGCCAGGUUCUCCCGGAGCAUGGUCCCGCGUUCCAGGCUCCCAGUAGCCAUGGAGACCGUGUCAUCAUCAGUGGAGAUCAGCUUCCUGUGGAGCCGAGCACGGAGUACCAGUUCCCCCUCCUCAAGAAGCCUUACACCUGCAGCACUUGUGAAAAAGUAUUUCAGUACGCGUCCACGCUGAGAAGUCACCUGAGGUCGCAUUUGGUUGAAAAGCCAUAUGCCUGCAAGACCUGCGGAAAGAAGUUCAGCUGCAGAUUCAACCUGAAAGUCCACAUCCGAAUCCACACGGGCGAGAGGCCGUACUCCUGCAAAACCUGCGGAAAGGCCUUCACCAACAAAGCCCACCUCCGGUAUCACGCCGGAGUGCACACGGUCCGGACUCAGAUCCUAGAGCCGGAGCAAAAGCUGUUCUCCUGUGACACCUGCGGCAAAAAGUACACGUGCAGAGCCAGCUUGGUGAUCCACAUGAGGACGCACACCGGCGAGAAGCCCUUCUCCUGUGAGACCUGCGGCAAAAACUUCACCUGUAGCUCCAACCUCAAGGUCCACAUGCGAAUCCACACGGGCGAGAAGCCGUAUUCCUGCCAAACCUGCGGGAGAGCUUUCAGUAACCAAGGACACCUCCGCUACCACACGAAGAUCCACACCGGCAAGGCCCAGAACCCCGUGAAGAAGUUGCACUCGUGCGAGACCUGUGGGAAGACCUACACGUCCCGCGCCAGCUUGGUGAUCCACGUGCGGACCCACACGGGCGAGAAGCCCUUCUCCUGCAAAAUGUGUGGGAAGAGGUUCAGCCGCAGCGCCAACUGCAAAAUCCACAUGAGGAUCCACACGGGCGAGAAGCCCUACUGCUGCAAGAUCUGUGAGAAGUGCUUCACCAACAAGGCCCACCUGCGAUCUCACAUGAAGGGGCACAUGGGCUGAGCGCCCACGCCACUCCGAGAGCUCAGUGUUGGAGCUGAAAACGUUUGGAAGCUGGCAUCUCUGCCAGAAGUUAUCAGUUUGCAGUGAAGUGCCUUCUCCCUCAUCCAACUUUAUUGAAAUGAACAAAAGCUUAUGCCUUAGUCACAUGUGGGCUUGUGGAGGGUCGUGGACAGGGGCAGGUGCAUAUUGAGGGUGCCUUGCAGUUCGCUUAAGGCUUGUGUAACACGUGAAGGGACGUCAUAAAAUUGAAACAUA